UGAGCGUGCGUCAUAAAUAUGCGCCGCUCACAACCACUCUCGUUCAAUGUCAGUUCGCUCUAGUGUUUCUACUUUUUCUUUUUAACUACCGCUGGUAGUUAAGUUUAUUAACCACCAUGCAGAGAGCUGCUCGCGCCGUUUUUUGUGAUUUUUCUGGAGUCGUGAACCCGUUGGUGACUCAUCAGAGCUUUAAAAGCAGAGCGCUCCUCCAGCACAGCUGUAGAGCCUACAGCGUUGUUCCGCCGCCGCAGAACGAAGAGGAGAAGGAGCUGUUGCACCGGAUGCUGCGGGUGGACCACGCAGGUGAAUAUGGCGCUAAUCGGAUCUACGCCGGCCAGAUGGCAGUGUUGAGUCGAUCAAGGACCGGACCCCUCAUCCAGCAAAUGUGGGAUCAAGAAAAGAAACACCUAGCCAGGUUCAAUGAAAUUCUUGCUGAGAACCGAGUCCGCCCCACAGCGCUGCUACCUUUCUGGAACAUUGCUGGUUUUGUGUUAGGGGCUUCCACUGCCCUUCUGGGGAAAGAGGGCGCCAUGGCGUGCACCGUGGCCGUGGAGGAGAGCAUCUCAGAGCACUACAACAGCCAGAUAAGAGCUCUGAUGGAGAUCGACCCAGAGCGAUACACUGAGCUGUUACAGGUGAUAAAAGAAUUCCGGGACGAUGAGAUGGACCAUCAUGACACCGGACUGGAGCACGAUGCAGAAUCUGUGCCUGGAUAUUGGCUUCUAAAGAACGUAAUACAGCUGGGUUGCAAAGCUGCAAUUUAUGUUUCUCAGCGCGUCUGAUUCUUGCAUUUAAACACCACAUUUGUAUAUUUUUAUUCCGUUUUUUUUUUUUAGAUCCGAUCAUUCGCUUGACUGAAAGACUUGUGAUGUAACACUUUGCCAUUAAUUAGCCAGUUUUGUCUGAACGUUGUUUAUCGUUGAAGUGGAGAUGACCAGUACUGAAAUAAACGGCUAUUAUUUAAACGUG